AUGUUUGUAUUUAAUUCUUUGAUUUGUUCGGGAAUCUCAACGAAUCGUCAUCAAAGAAAGCAAAAUCGUUAUGUGUCAUCUGCACCACCCCGCGGUCAAUAUUCAGUUUUAUGCGACCAAGAUUUAAAUUUAUUCGAAUCGAUUGUUGGUCAGAAGAAUUGUCAAACAUCUGAUUUGGAUCCUUACAAUACAGAUUGGUUAAAAGCCUAUAAAGGUAGCUCAAAAUGUAUUUUAUUUCCCACUUGCGAUCAACAAGUAUCAGCUAUAUUAAAACAUUGUUAUUCGCGAAAUAUUGCCGUCGUACCGCAGAGUGGUAAUACAAGCUUAGUUGGUGGAUCGGUUCCUGUUUAUGAUGAAGUUAUUCUGUCGAUUCGCAAAUUAAAUCAGCAUUUUGCCUUCGAUCCAUAUUCAGGCAUACUUGAAUGUGAUGCUGGCAUGAUUAUGGAAGAUGUAGACAAUCGCUUAGCUACUUAUGGUUUCAUGAUGCCAUACGAUUUGGGAUCCAGAGGAUCUUGUCUUAUUGGGGGAAAUGUUUCCACAGGCGUUGGUGGUGUACGGCAUCUUCGUUUUGGUUCAUUACAUAAUCGUAUCGUUGGUUUAAAUGUUGUAUUAGCAGAUGAAAAAGGAUCCAUUGUUAAAUUUGGCUCCAAAAUAAGGAAAGAUAAUACAAAUUUGCACAUUCAUCAAAUUUUCGUCGGCUCUGAGGGUCAACUGGGUAUAAUAACUCGGAUCAUAAUGGCUGUUGUGCCAAGGCCUAACAGUAUACAAGUAACAAUGAUUGGUGCAAAUUCUCCUAAUUCUUGUCUGGAAAUUCUCCGGGCAGCCCAAAAUGAACUUUGUGAAAUUUUAUCUGCUGUUGAACUGAUGGACCAUGAGUCUAUGAUUUGCUUGGAGGAGAAUGAAAAUUUGAAAAAUGUUUUAAAAACUCACUCGCCUUUUAAUAUAAUAAUUGAGACAAUGGGAAGUGAUGAAGAGCAUGAUAAGGAAAAAAUUGAAAAAUUCAUGUGCAAAAUUAUUGAUGAAGGGCUAGCAGUCGACGGAGUUCAGGCUGCAGAUAAGAAAGAAGCAACUUAUAUUUGGAAAUUAAGGAAAACAUUGCCAUUGGCACCAUUGCACGAUGGAUUUGUAUUCAAACACGACAUAUCACUUCCCUUAAAACAUUUUUUUGUAUUAUCUGAUAUAAUCAAGCAGAGGCUGGGAUCACUAGCUAAAAGAGUUAUUACAUUUGGACAUAUGGCCGAUGGUGAUUGUCAUGUGAAUGUCAGUGCAAAACAGUAUUCACCGGAGAUUAAUGCCAAACUUUAUCCAUUCUUAUGUGAAUGGGUAGUUGAACAUGGUGGAAGUAUUAGUGCAGAACAUGGUAUUGGUCAGGAAAGACGACCGUAUAAAAAUAUUGGAAAGGGAUAUGAAAUUAAAAUGGCUGAACAUAUCAAACGUAUCUUUGAUCCACGUUAUAUCUUAUCUCCUUAUAAAAUGAUUUAUAAUGAAAAUGUUUAA